CACCGAACUAUCUCACUCCUCUCUGUACCUCUUUUCUGCAAACAAAAUAAAAAUGUUAACUUUAAACUCCGCCAUCACUUACUCAAAACCUCACCAAAAACUCUCAUUAUUUUCGAAUCGAAAUGAUCUAAUACUCAAAAUCCACUUCACAAAAACAUCAUUUAACAAACCCUUUUCUCAAAUCUCUGAAACUUUAACUCUCAAAUCUCAAAUCCACCCAAACCCAUCAUUCGGGUUGUUUCCACUAAAAUCCAAAUCUCAUAUUCUCAAAGCAUCAGCUUCUUCUGAUGUUCCUGCUGAAGAACCAAAUCUAGAGAAAGAAACUGAACUGAUCCCAGAAAAGAAACCAUUAAACCUUAAAUUACCCCUCAUUUUUGGUUUAUGGUAUUUCCAAAAUAUAGUUUUUAAUAUAUACAACAAAAAAUGCUUGAAUCUUUUUCCAUACCCAUGGCUUUUAGCUUCAUUUCAACUAUUUGUUGGUUCAAUAUGGAUGGUUGUUUUAUGGUCAUUGAAACUUCAACCAAAACCUAAAAUCUCAAAACCAUUUUUAAUAGCACUUCUUGGACCAGCAUUGUUUCAUACUAUUGGUCAUAUCUCAGCUUGUGUUUCUUUCUCUAAAGUUGCUGUUUCAUUUACUCAUGUUAUCAAAUCAUCAGAACCAGUUUUUUCAGUAAUAUUUGCUUCAUUUCUUGGUGAUAAAUACCCAUUAGCCGUUUGGUUAUCAAUUUUACCUAUUGUUUUUGGUUGUUCUUUAGCUGCUGUUACUGAAGUUUCUUUCAACCUUGGUGGACUUUCGGGUGCUUUGAUUAGUAAUGUAGGGUUUGUUUUGAGAAAUAUUUACUCUAAAAGAAGUUUAGAUAGUUUCAAGGAAGUAAAUGGGUUGAAUUUAUAUGGUUGGAUUACCAUCAUUUCAUUUAUAUAUCUUUUUCCAGCUGCAAUUUUUGUUGAAGGGUCUCAAUGGGUUGGUGGCUACCAUAGAGCUAUUGCUGCAAUGCAAGCUUCAGGAGGAAGUCCUUUGAAUCUUUACUUUUGGGUGACCUUGUCUGGGGUGUUUUAUCAUCUUUAUAAUCAGUCCUCCUACCAAGCUCUUGAUGAAAUUAGUCCCUUGACAUUCUCUGUUGGUAAUACAAUGAAAAGGGUUGUUGUUAUUGUUUCUACAGUUAUUGUUUUCAGGAAUCCAGUUCAACCUUUGAAUGCUCUUGGUUCUGCAAUUGCUGUCUUUGGAACUUUCUUGUAUUCUCAAGCAACAUCCAAAAAAGCAAAGAAAAUUGAAGGUGAAAAGAAGAACUAAUUUGCUUGUUUCUUUACGAUUCAUUGUUUCUUUUUGGUUAGACGCAUAAGAAAGCAAUCGAAUUUUGGUGUUAGUUGUUUUCUAUUACUGUGUUGAUUAAUAACAGAAAUUGUCUUUAUUUUUUCAAUUAACACUUGUUCUUGAUAUGAAUUACUCCUUUCUUAUUAUU